AUGCAAUACACACCAUUCGCUUCUGAUAUUGAACUGCCCUUCUAUACCUCCUUGGCUUCACACAAGAUUAAUCAUGAUAAGUUGGAUGACUCUGCUCGGGCCGUUCUAGGUCUAUAUGAGAUCCGUCCCUCUGACCCCGAAGCUGCAUCAUGUCGAAUCCAAAUUCAUGGAAAUGCCCUCACUGGCAGCGAUGCACCAGCCAGCUACUAUAGAGCAGAAGGAAUGAUUAAGAAUGUCAAUACUAUCGAAGAAUAUCGAAACUUGAACAGAUCUAAGAUGCUCCACCAGGCUGCACAAACGGUCUGGGAUGCUAUCCAUGAUGGAACGAUAUUCUCAUGUCCCUCCCUGCUCUCCAGUUUCUUGAUUGUAUCUUUUGCCGAUUUGAAGAAAUACAAGUUUCAAUACUGGUUUGCAUUUCCAGCAAUACAUUCAGAUCCUUCUUGGACUCCAGUUCAGGGUACCAAUCAAAUAUCUGAAUCAGACCAAAGCCAACAAAAUGACAACGUCAAAGGGACACACCUAUCCCCAGACGAGAGCACUGCCCUGGUUGAUGCUGUGAAGACAUGGUCAUAUACCGUGGAUCAGCGGCAGCGAGGGUUCUUUCUAGCUCGCAAGGUAAGAAAAAGUCCUGGAAGCAGAUCCUUAGUCAACUACGCGGCCAAGGGAACCCAAACACAGGCUAGUACAUCAGAGAGCGACUGGCAAAUAGCAUCCCUCUCUGAAUAUGAGAACGGGUUCUUCCGAAAUGUGGCUUCCGAGAACCGAUUUAUCUGUUUUGCAGACCCAUCGAAUUAUGAACAGGCCCCAGGGUGGAUGCUACGGAAUCUACUAGUUUUGGUCAAGCAGCGAUGGGGCCUCGAGCGAGUGCAAAUUCUGCGUUACCGCGAUAUCCAUUCAAGCCGUGAUCAGGGCCGCAGUGUAGUCUUCCAGCUGGAGUCAAGAUCACAGCCUCAGAUCCCCAAAUUACCUCCAAACCAAGGGCCACUGCCGAAGGUCACUGGCUGGGAGCGCAAUCCAGCCGGAAAACUAUCAGGAAGGAUUGUCAACUUGACGGAGUAUAUGGAUCCUCAAAGGCAUGCCACAUCGACACCUGCAGACUUUUUACAAACUAACCUUUCUUGCAGAUUAGCAGACCAAUCAGUUGAUCUUAACCUCAAACUCAUUAAAUGGCGCAUUAGCCCAACGCUCAACCUCGAGAAAAUCAAGAACACCAAAUGUCUAUUGCUCGGAGCUGGUACUUUGGGGAGUUACGUUUCCCGGAACCUACUGGGAUGGGGCGUGCGGAAUAUCACUUUUGUGGACAACGGGACCGUUUCAUUCUCCAAUCCUGUCCGACAACCACUAUUCACUUUCGAGGAUUGUUUGAAUGGCGGAACUCAGAAGGCACAUCGGGCAUCGGAAGCCCUGACCCAGAUUUACCCGGGCGUACAGACAGCAGGCCAUGCGUUCUCUGUGCCUAUGGCGGGUCAUCCCAUCGUGGAUGAAGCAGCGACAAAGGCGGAUUUCGAAAAACUGAAAAAGCUGGUUGAUGAACACGAUGCUAUUUUCCUUCUCAUGGACACCCGAGAAUCAAGAUGGUUGCCCACUGUUAUGGGUAAAGCAGCCGGGAAGAUUGUGAUGAACGCAGCCCUAGGAUUUGAUACAUUUGUGGUGAUGCGCCAUGGUAUCAACGAAGAUGAACAUGUUCCAGCCGAGCUUGGGUGCUAUUUUUGCAACGAUGUUGUAGCACCGGCCAAUUCUAUCAAGGAUCAAACUCUCGACCAACAGUGCACAGUCACCCGUCCUGGAGUGGCUCCUAUCGCUUCUGCACUUUUGGUGGAGCUGUUUGUGUCGCUUCUUCAGCACCCCCAAGGCGCCGCAGCACCGGCCCCUAUAACCCGAAGUGUCGAUCGUGAUGAGCAUCCUCUGGGAGUCGUUCCCCACCAAAUCCGCGGUUUCCUCUCCACGUUUGAAAAUUUAUCUGUCGCCGGGAAGAGUUAUCCAAGCUGCAGUGCAUGCUCGGAGAGAGUGGUAGGAACGUAUCGUGAACAGGGUUGGGACUUCGUAAAAAGAGCCCUCAAUGAACAGGGCUAUGUCGAAGAAUUGAGUGGACUUAAAGAGGUCCACGAGAAGGCGGAAGCAGCUCUCGCAAGCAUCGAUUGGGAAGAAGGAUCCGACAAUGAAGAGAUCGAAAUACUUUGA